AUGAGGUCUAGGUUACUUUCUGUGGUCUCUGGCUCAUCGCCAUUGGAGACAUUUGUUCAACUUAGCUCUGCUGCUAUCAUAAUUUUUGAACACUCUUUCUACAUUUUCGACAAACGGCGCCAUCUUCAGGACCAGCAGAACUCUGUUUCCUCUCAUAUUGAGGCUCUCGAGCGGCACAUGGCGUCUCCACAUGCCGCUUCUGUCAGGGAAGCUGUGAGCGCUGCCGUCCAUAAAUAUCAAGAGGCUGUGAGCACUGUCGAAAAAACAUCGUCUACUUGGAAGGGCAAGCUACCUUUUGAGCGCUCUCGGAGGAAGGCAGAACUUUUAUCGCCUGCCAAGACCUUAAUGGUGAGCAACACAUUACCACGUCGAUGA